CCGAGUCCGAGUCAGGAUAACAACAUAAAACCACAGACCCAGGAUUACUGUGACAGUGCAAGUGUGUGCGUGCUAAUCCGUUACAUCCGUUACAUCCAAUCCAAUAUCCAAGUACGCGUUUACUUCGAUUUCGUGUUAACGCAGCCAUGAAAACCUUCAUCUUAAUGUCCUGUCUGGCGCUGGCCGCGGCGCGCCCCGAAGCGGGCUACAACUAUAACCGUCCCGGAGGCGGCGGUGGCUCCGGUGGUGGAUCCCACGGUGGCGGCAUUGGCGGCUCAGGUGGCUUUGGCGGCAGCUUCGGCGGCGGAUCAGGAGGCUUUAGCGGUGGCUCCGGAGGCGGUGGCUUCGGCGGCGGAGGCUCCGGAGGCGGUGGUUUCGGCGGCGGAGGCUCCGGUGGAGGCUUCGGUGGCGGAUCAGGUGGAGGAUUCGGCGGUGGAUCGGGCGGUGGUUUCGGUGGCGGAUCCGGUGGUGGAUUCGGUGGCGGAUCCGGCGGUGGUUUCGGAGGCGGUACGUCAAUCCAGAGCGCAAACUAGUUUCACAGCUAAUAUUGGACAAUUUUUGCAGGCAUCGGCGGUGGCUUCGGAGGUGGUGGUGGCGGCGGCGGUGGCACCACUUUGGUUCAAAAGCACAUUUAUGUUCAUGUGCCACCACCAGAGCAGGAGGAAGUGCGUCAGCGCCCCAACAUUCCAGUCGGCCAAUCCCAGAAGCACUAUAAGAUCAUCUUCAUUAAGGCGCCAUCGGCACCCUCGUACCAGGCUCCAAUCAUCCCACUGCAGCCACAGAACGAAGAGAAGACCCUGGUCUAUGUGUUGGUCAAGAAGCCCGAAGAUCAGCAGGAUAUUGUCAUUCCCACGGCCGCACCCACGCAGCCCUCAAAGCCCGAGGUCUACUUCAUCAAAUACAAGACCCAGAAGGAUGGUGGUGGUGGUGGUCUUGGCGUCACUGGCGGCAGCGGUGGCUUCUCCACUGGCGGCAGCGGUGGCUUCUCCACUGGCGGCGGCGAUGGUGGUUACUCUGGCGGUGAUGGUGGCAGCUCGGCGCCAUCCACCAACUACGGCCCACCCGGCAAGUCCGGUCCCUACUAAGGGUCAUUUGCAUCACAACAACAACAGCAACAAGAACAAGAACAACAAGACCAUCAAAAAGAAAAACAUGAAUAUGAACCUUGAACUUACCACAAUCAGACACAUACUCGGCUCAAGCUGCUGACUAGUCCUGUCGACCUGUUGACUCGCUAACAAACAACUAUUCCCGACAAGAAAAACAAAAAACAAAACACAAAAAAAAUCAAAAGACAAAAGACAUAAUGAAAGAACUUGCCCACACUGAAAACUGCAACUGCGACUUGACACAACUCUGGACGAGAAGACUAACCCGAAAACCUGACGAUUUUCUCGCCUAGGCUCUGCUAGGUUCUCUCAAACAUAAAUGGACAACAAUUUCGUCCGUCACUUUUGUACAUACAAAUAUUUCCGACUAUCUUUCCAAACAUCAAACGAUAUCUCACAAUAUCACCAUUCAUCUCCUUCAAUCUCUCCCUCUCGCUCCCUAUCUCUA